AACUAAUUUUCCUUCAAGCAUUUCAUGUUUUUAGGCUAAGGCUAAGUACCCCCCACUACAUAUUUCUCCAGUUUUGCUUUAUGUUUUAUUUUCUUUUUUCUUGGGAAACAAAAGAUUUAAAAAGCAAAAUUGAGAAACAGAGCCUCUGAAAGAAGACCCAGCACACUGCACAGAUGAGUGAUGAAGAGGAGGAGGACGAUGGUUGUGACAUUUUUGCUGACUCUGAGAAGGAGGAGGAAGCUACUGAGGACACUGAAGAAAAUACUAGACCUACAAAAAGUAGACCUACAUCGUUUGCUGAUGAGCUGGCUGCUAGGAUCAACAGGGGUGCCUGGAGCCAGAAAGAAGAGGAGCAGCUAAAUGAAGGCGAUAACUUCUUUGUGCCCCCCAAGCUGACUGAUGAAGACUUCUCACCAUUUGGCUCCAGAGGCGGCCUGUUCAGUGGAGGGAAGGGACUUUUUGAUGGGGAGGAAGAGAGCGACCUCUUCACGGAAGCGCCUCAGGAUCAGGAAGCUCGAGCCUCCAUUAAUGCAGCAUCUUCAUCCUCGAUACCUGCAAAGAAAAUCCCAGCAGGAGCUGUUUCGGUAUUUUUAGGGGACACUGAUGUGUUUGGUGCCACCUCUGCUCCGUCAUUGAAGGAACCCCAGAAGCACAAGCAGCCCACCGCAGGGCAAAGCCCAUACCUUGCAGCGCCCACUGACCUCUUCGAUGACACUGAUGAUGACGACAUCUUUUUUGCGGCAUCAUCUAGCAAGUCUUCCAUGACAGACAAAGUCACAUCCAUUGUCAAUAUCUUUGAUGAUGAGGAAGGAUAUCUGUUCAAAGAAAAAGCAGCGGCUUUGCCGGAAGCUACUGUAAAUCAGGUGAACACCAAGCAAGAGCAAAAAAAAGGAUUGCCAUAUCUUCCAGCAAAAAUCUCAAGCUCUCAUCAGAAACAGAGACUCAAAAAGGCUUAUUUUCAGAUGAGGAGGACUCUGAGCCAGUGUACAGAAGAUAGGAAUGAAAAAGUCCACUUAAGGCAAACUCAUGACACAUGAGCACUGCAAACUGGGACCUCAGACUCUCGUCUUAACCCACACUCUCACUUCCUCAUCAUUAAACACACCUGCACUUUGGGGUCUUUGCCCCUCUCCUCCUAUCCCUCCCUCUGGAAAUACACUUCCAAGAAUCUGGAUGGCUUGCUACUUCACAUUUUUCCACUGCCCUGUGAGGCUUCCCCCGAUGACCCUUUGCAUGAUAACAAGCCUGCCAGCACACACCGCGGCGCACUGCUUAGCCCAUUCUUCUGCUUUAUUGUUCUCCACAGUAUGUACUGCCACAUGACAUGUCAUUUCAACAUGCUCAUUGUCACCGUACUUGUUCAUUGCCUUGGCUAGAAUAAGCUCUGUGAGGGCAA